UCUACUACUGGCUUCGGGAAGCUGACGCUGACGUCAUUAACCGGGCCUUUGGCGCGGAGUGAUCCGCCCUCUUCGGCCCCCCGAGUUCCAGGAGGUGAAGCGGCUUUGGCGGAGGGUCACUCAAAAGAUAGCACGCACUGUAGACGGAGUAAGGAGGAAAGACAGCUAAAGGAGUCCGCUGGGUCCUGGUGGAGGAGACGUGAGCCUCAGGUUUUUGGCCAAGAAAUUAAAGCCUGCGGCUGUACGGAAAAGCAAUUACAGAAAGCUGCUGACCAUGCUUUAGUAUUCACAAGACUGCCAUUUUUGGAUUGUAACUUUUUAUUCUGGAUUGUAAAAGGGAAAGGAACUGACAAUGGGGCGGAAGAAAAUACAGAUUACCCGGAUAAUGGAUGAACGGAAUAGACAGGUUACUUUCACCAAGAGGAAAUUUGGGUUAAUGAAGAAAGCAUAUGAGUUAAGCGUGCUCUGUGACUGUGAAAUUGCACUGAUUAUUUUCAAUGGCUCUAACAAACUGUUUCAGUAUGCAAGCACCGACAUGGACAAAGUCCUUCUUAAGUAUACAGAGUACAAUGAACCACACGAGAGCAGAACCAACUCUGACAUUGUAGAGACUCUCAAAAAGAAAGGCUUAGAUGGUUGUGAAAGUCCAGAUGCUGAGAGAUACUUUGAGGAGGACACAUUCAGCAAACUAAAUGAAGAUAAUGAUUUUGUUUUCAAGCGAGAGCCUGCUCUGAACAAGAAAGAACACAGAGGCUGCGACAGCCCGGACCCUGACAGCUCGUUCGUCCUCACCCCCCACACAGAGGAAAAGUACAAAAAAAUUAACGAGGAAUUUGAUAAUAUGAUGCGCAAUCAUAAAAUUUCUCCUGGACUAGCCCAGCAGAGCUUCUCAAUGUCGGUGACUAUUCCAGUGUCCAACCCUAACACAUUGUCAUACAGUUCUCCAGGCAACACCCUUGUCACCUCUUCACUGGCUGCCACCACCUCAUUAACAGACACAGGAAUGCUGUCUCCUCAGACUUCGCUACACCGAAAUGUGGUGUCUCCUGGGGUGUCACAGAGACCCUCAAGCACUGGAAAUGCAGGUGUAAUGUUAUGUGCAUCGGACAUCUCUGUGCCAAAUGGAGCUGGUGCCAGUCCAGUAGGUAAUGGGUUUGUAAACCCGAGGGCUUCUCCCAGCCUGCUUGGCCCAGCAGGUGGAAAUGCACUGGGAAAAGUGAUGCCAACCAAAUCCCCUCCUCCUCCCGGGGGCAAUCAUGGAAUGAACAGCCGAAAGCCAGACUUGCGUGUGGUCAUACCUCCCUCAAGUAAAGGAAUGAUGCCUCCUUUGACAGAGGAAGAUGAAUUAGACAUGAAUACACAGAGGAUAAGCAGCUCCCAGUCUACACAGUCUCUCGCAACUCCAGUUGUCUCUGUAACUACACCUAGUCUGGCCACCCAGGGUCUGGUGUACUCUGCCAUGCCUACUGCCUACAAUACUGACUAUGCUCUUACAAGUGCGGACCUUUCUGUUCUACAAGGGUUUAACUCUCCAGGAAUGCUGCCUAUGGGACAGGUGUCUGCCUGGCAGCAACAUCACUUAGGACAAGCAGCCCUCAGCUCCCUUAUGGCCAGUGGGCAGCUAUCUCAGGGUUCAAACUUAUCCAUCAAUCCCAACCAAAAUCUCAACAUCAAGUCAGAGCCGAUCUCUCCUCCACGUGACAGAGUGACCUCCACUGGGUUCCCUCUGCAACAACAUCAGCAGCAGCCACAGCACCAUCAGCCCCAAGCUCGUCAAGAAAUGGGGAGAUCACCCGUGGACAGCCUUAGUAGUUCCAGCAGCUCUUAUGAUGGAAGUGACCGGGAGGAUGUUCGCAAUGAUUUUCACUCCCCUGUCACCAUGAGAAGGAAUCCCAACAAUGAAGACAGGGACAGCCCCUCCAUGAAGCGAAUGAGGAUGGAUGCCUGGGUGACAUAGAGGUUUUUCUUUCCUCUCCAGUGGCUGAGCAGCAUGCAUAUCAAAAACCCUUUUUUUCCAGAGGAUGC